AUUAUUGUAAUUUAAAAGUGAAAGUGAAUUGAUGAUAGAAAGCGUUAACUCGCCGCCCAGGCUCGAGCACGGAUGAAAGCCCUGCGCUGAGAGAUAAUCCAUAAUUGAUAGACCAGUUACUGGCUGUCGAAGUCGGUGAGAGCAGGGCCACUGACGCCGUGGCGGUGCGCUGAUCACGAACUGUCAUGGGCGACUGGAUAGCAAUGUCGGGGGAAGAAGAGAAGAACCCCAUGUGCGAACCGGAGAAUGGCAAACCACCAAAUGUUGCAAUGAGUGAAGGAAGUGAUCAACAGUGCUAUUGCUGUCCUCGGACUAAGUGCGAACGCAUUUACUCACUUUUACUCAGCGGUUCGCUUUUGUCGAUUCUACUCCUUGUCGCUGUGAUAAUCUUUUUGACAAUUGGGAUAUUCUUUAAAAAAGAGGAUGUCUGCUGGUCGGAUGAGUGUGUCAGAGUGGCGGGAAGGAUACUUGGUAACAUUGACAGGUCUGUCGACCCCUGUCAGGACUUUUAUAGGUUCGCCUGUGGUGGUUACCUCAAGAAACACUACAUACCGAAGGGGGAGCGGUCGAAGGCUAUUGUGGAGGACCGCGCCUCGGGAAUUGAUGGCUUCUUUAUAGAACAACUCCAGGGUAAGAUAAAUAGUGAAGACCCUGAGCCAUUCCAACACGUGCAGUCAUUCUACAAGAUCUGCCUAAACGUCUCUCAGAGGAACGAACUCGGAUUCAAACCAGUUCUGUCUGUGAUAGAAGAGAAUGGUGGCAUGGAGCUGCUAGGUCAAGAACUAAACCAUGACAAUGGGUGGGUACUCUCCGAGGUGGUGACGCGGAUACUAGCCAUGGGCACCGCUACUGUAGUACAUACGGAAGUCAUGAAUAUCCCGGGGGAUGGAAUCGACACCAUGGAGAUCAUAGUAGGUCCACCCGUUGAUGGAUUUUUACCUAAAAUAGCUGGAGCACUAAGAAGAAACCAAACAAAGUCAGAGGACAACCCAGGGUACAAAGCGCUGGAUACGAUGAUUCGAACCCUAUACUCCCAGCUGAUAGUGGCGAAAGGGAACGAGACGGGCGAUGCACCCACCGUGUCCGAGGAGAGGAUUGAAGCGGUGGUGGACCUAGCCAUGGAACUCGGGACACUUUAUCUCAAAAAGGUUAAUAUGUCACUAAUGGUGGCAAUGGCAACGGGGACAGUUGACCUGCCAAAACUUACCCUCAAGGAACUAGGAAAGGACGUCUUACCUCAGAUAGAUUGGCUGCAUCUUUUUACUGAAUUGUUAAGAAGACCAGCCAAGAAUGCGAUGACAGUUUUCGUGGUUGGAAUGGAAUACCUCAAGGAACUUGGCAACAUAAUGAAAAAUACCACGAAAGGCGUUAUCAACGAUUUCCUUUGGCUUUCCUUCACCUACAACAAUGGAGAUGGUUUGUCACAGGAAGCGUUUGUACUUAUAAGGCCGGACAGUGUGCACAAACUGGACGAGGACAUCCCGCUGGACUGUUUAUCUAAGACAUUCGGCCUAUUCACGGAACUUAUGGAGGCAGUCUACAUCAGAAAGUAUAUGAAUGAUGGCAUUACCACGAAACUAAGGAUAAACAUCAUGAUUGAGAAGGUCCGUGAUGCCUUUAUUCAAAACCUGAGAGACCUCGAAUGGCUGGAUGAAAGAACGCGGAAGCUGUCGAUAGAGAAGGCACAAUCGAUGGCAAAAGCCAUGAUAGUCUACCCCGACAGGCUGCUCGACGUCGAACACUUAAACGACCUCAUUGAUAAGGUUGACCUCGACGAAAACAAUUACUUCAGUACGGUCAUUAGUGCCAAAAGGAACACUAAGAGAAUCAAGUUAUCAAGAGCCUUUGAAAAGGACUAUAAAGAACGGUUUAUGAAGCCGAUAUUUGUCUUCAAUGCUGCCUAUGUUGCGUUAUAUAAUGAAUUCGGUAUUCUUGCCGCCAUUUUGGAUACUCCACUCUACGAGCCAUCCAUGCCAUCCUACAUCAACUAUGGAUCUAUAGGGACAAUAAUUGGCCACGAAAUCAGCCAUGGUUUUGAUACCACGGGCCGAGAGUAUGACAAAUAUGGUAAAAAGCGCCGCUGGUGGCACGACAAAGCGAUCAAGGUGUUCGAUGAGCGGGCGCAGUGUUUUACCGAGCAGUAUGGCGAAAUGGAGAUUUAUCUACCGUCCAUUCAACAAACGUUUAAGAUCAAUGGGAGUUUAACGUUAGCAGAGAACAUCGCGGACGCUGGUGGAUUGAGGGCGUCAUUUAAGGCAUACAAGGAUGUUGUAGAAGAAGAAGGUGCAGGCCCCAUGUUACCGGGUUUUCCGUCCAGCUUUACAAGAGAGCAGCUUUAUUUCCUUUCCUUAGCUCAGGCUUACUGUGGGAAGUGGUCCGACGAGCGGAUGUUGGAGAAAGAACUCAAGGAUGAACACGCACCAAAACAUUACAGGGUCAACGGCUACGCCAUGAAUUCAGUUGAGUUUGCAAGCACCUACCACUGUGCGGCGGGAACGCCCAUGAACCCCAAAAAGAAAUGUAAACUUUGGUGAGAAUACCGCGGUCGCUGAUGUUGGAGGAAACAUCGAAUUCUGAAACGUUCGGAAGACCCUCGGAAGGACGGUUUUUCUGGUCAUAUGAGACAUGGACUCCUGACCUCUUAACAAUUUCGUACUCCAUCAGGUUGCAUUCAUAAUUAUGAAUCCAUGAUAGUGCCACCUUGGACAUCAGCGUUACUUACUUGACGUGGAAAUCGGUCAUCAUGAUCGUUUACAGUGCAUUCGUGUUAACAACGUCGUCCGAUAUGCUUGGAGCGUGUAGACGCAACCCCUACUCUAAGGACGAAGUACGAAGGUAUUUCAUGUCAUCAGGUUUUGGCGAUUCACUCGCGCGACACUCGUAAGUUGUUCUUGCUUCUUUCUCGAGAGUGUAAGGUAACCACAGUGCCAUCUUUAUACAGGAAGAAGAAAGAACAAAAUCUCGAUGGUGUCUAUGGUGUGGUUGUCCUCGUACAGUUGCCGACGGUUGGUUGACACCGACUGGUAGCUCUGGUAGACAUGGCAGAAUAAACCUUUGAUAUAAACACGAAGACUUUGCAGUUUGGUUGUUGAUGAUAGAUUAUACGAACGAAAUAAUAUUUAUACUUCUUAUUUCUUUCUGCCGACCAUUUACGGAAAA